AAAACAGUAGCCAAACACGUGUUUCUUUUAGUGCUGCGAUAAAAGAAUCGAAGAACGAAUCAUGAAUUGCGAUGCUGAUAAAAGUAAGAGAGAAUUCUUAAAGGCGGGGGACACUAUAUAGGAAUCGAGAAGGAUAUAUUUCAGAGGACAAAAUACUGCGUGUUUAUGUGUGAUUAAUAUCGUGUAGCACGUAAAGCUGUAACGUUUAACCUCAAAACUGCGCAUGACAGUGUUAUUUUGGCGGUAAGGUCGUCAAAACAUCAGAAAGCAGAAGGAUACGCGACAGUAUCGAAAAAAACGGUAGAGAAGAAAGAGUGAAGUUUCGUCGUCUGGUAGCGAUACAUUUUAUUUGGAUCAAAAAUGGCAAAAGAAAGCAAAAGAAGGACAUCAACGGAAGAGAGCCUGCAGUAUAUCAGGCAAUCUCUGACAUCGGACGAAAUGGAUCACUUGGAAGGGACUCAUUUCGACGGGUUCAUUCCGCAUUCAUUUGUUACUUUCGGAGCAUCUGGUGAUCUCGCCAAGAAAAAAAUCUAUCCAACUCUUUGGUGGCUUUUCCGAGACAAUCUUCUGCCGAAACCUACCAUCUUCGUUGGCUAUGCUAGAAGCAAAUUGACGGUACAACAAUUGCGUGAAAAGUGUCAUCCAUAUAUGAAAGUAAACCCAGACGAGGCGGAAAAGUAUGAAGAAUUUUGGAAUCUAAAUCAUUAUAUCUCUGAUUCAUAUGAUAUGCCAGAAGGCUUUGAGCUAUUAGAUCAUACAUUGAAAAAAUUUGAACAAGGAAAAGUUGCGCACAGGCUGUUUUAUUUGGCACUACCACCGAGCGUAUUCGAAAAUGUUACAAUACGCCUUCGACAUAUAUGCAUGGGAAAUACAGGAUGGACGAGAAUAAUAAUUGAGAAACCAUUCGGUCAUGACGCUGCCUCGUCGCAGAAGCUCUCCGAUAAUUUAGCGUCUUUGUUCACCGAGGAACAGAUCUAUCGUAUUGAUCAUUACCUCGGCAAAGAGAUGGUGCAGAAUUUGAUGACUCUAAGAUUUGGGAAUCGAGUAUUCAAUCCGUCAUGGAACCGGGACAAUAUAGCCUCGGUGCAGAUUACCUUUAAGGAGCCAUUUGGUACUCAGGGUAGAGGCGGCUAUUUCGAUGAGUUUGGUAUCAUUAGAGAUGUGAUGCAAAAUCAUCUGCUGCAGAUUUUGUCUCUAGUAGCCAUGGAGAAACCUACAUCUUGCCAUCCGGAUGAUAUUAGAAACGAGAAAGUAAAGGUUUUGAGAUGCAUUAAGGAAUUGCAGCUUGAAAACGUGAUUCUCGGUCAAUAUGUCGGUGAUCCGGAUGCUGAAGAUCCGGAGGCGCGUUUGGGUUAUUUGGAUGAUUCCACGGUACCAGCAGACUCUAACACGCCAACUUUCGCUUUAGCGGUGCUAAAAAUAAAUAACGAAAGAUGGGAUGGAGUCCCGUUCAUUCUCAGAUGUGGAAAAGCUCUAAAUGAACGGAAAGCAGAAGUUAGAAUACAAUAUCGUGAUGUACCAGGUGAUAUUUUUGAUGGGAAGGCGAAGAGAAACGAAAUGGUAAUAAGAGUGCAGCCGGGUGAAGCAUUGUAUAUUAAAAUGAUGACGAAGUCACCUGGUAUCACAUUCGAUAUGGAAGAAACGGAAUUAGAUCUUACUUAUGGCAAUAGAUAUAAGGGUUUAAAAUUACCGGACGCUUAUGAAAGAUUGAUUUUAGACGUUUUUUGUGGUUCGCAAAUGCAUUUCGUGCGAAGUGAUGAAUUGCAGGAAGCGUGGCGUAUAUUCACGCCGUUACUCCAUCAAAUCGAGAAACAGAAAAUUCAGCCCAUUCCGUAUAAAUAUGGGUCUCGCGGGCCCCAGGAAGCAGAUGACAUGGCGAAAAAAAAUAAUUUUGCUUACUACGGUUCGUAUAAAUGGAUAAAACCGUGAUAUUGUGAUACAAGAUCGUUAUAUAUAUAUAGAUUGUUAUAUAUAUAUAUAUAUAUAUAUAUAUAUAUAUAUAUAUAUAUAUAUAUAUCACGUAAGUACAAAUCUUUAGAAAGAUUUAUUUAAAGGUGCACAGUUUUUAACUUUCACAUUCCCAAAAUUUUGAAGUUAUACACAUGUUUUUAUAAUUAUAUAUAUAUUUC